GAGGAGGCAAGAGGCAAGCGGGGAGGGCGCUGCGUUAUACGGCUUUGGUGGCUGUGGCCGGGCUGCGCCCCGCGCCGCCUUCGCGGCGAUGAAGCGCCCCUGCGAGGAGACAACCUCCGAGAGCGACAUGGACGAGACCAUCGACGUGGGGAGCGAGAACAAUUAUUCGGGGCAAAGUACUAGCUCUGUGAUUAGAUCAAAUUCUCCAACAACAACGUCUCAGAUUAUGGCAAGAAAGAAAAGAAGAGGGAUUAUAGAGAAAAGGCGUCGGGAUCGGAUAAAUAACAGUUUAUCUGAGUUGAGACGACUAGUGCCAACUGCUUUUGAAAAACAAGGAUCUGCAAAAUUAGAAAAAGCUGAAAUAUUACAAAUGACAGUGGAUCAUUUGAAGAUGCUUCAGGCAACAGGAGGUAAAGGCUACUUUGACGCCCAUGCUCUUGCCAUGGACUUCAUGAGCAUUGGAUUCCGAGAGUGCCUUACAGAGGUAGCAAGAUAUCUGAGCUCGGUGGAAGGUCUGGACUCGUCGGACCCAUUGCGCAUGCGACUUGUCUCUCAUCUCAGCACUUGCGCCUCCCAACGGGAGGCAGCGGCAAUGACAUCCUCCAUGGCCCACCACCAUCACCCCCUACAUCCUCAUCACUGGGCGGCUGCCUUCCACCAUCUUCCUGCGGCCCUGCUCCAACCAAACGGACUCCAUGCCUCAGAGUCAACCCCUUGUCGCCUCUCCACGACUGCAGAAGUGCCUCCUGUCCACGGCUCUGCUCUCCUCACCGCCACGUUUGCCCAUGCCGAUUCUGCCCUUCGAAUGCCGUCGACAGGCAGUGUGGCCCCAUGUGUGCCACCUCUCUCCACUUCUCUCUUGUCCCUCUCGGCCACUGUCCACGCUGCCGCAGCAGCAGCCACGGCAGCUGCUCACAGCUUCCCUCUGUCCUUCGCAGGAGCCUUCCCCAUGCUUCCCCCAAACGCAGCUGCAGCAGUGGCAGCCACGACAGCCAUCAGCCCGCCCUUAUCGGUAUCAGCCACAUCCAGUCCUCAGCAGACAGGCAGUGGAACAAAUAAACCUUACCGACCCUGGGGGACAGAAGUUGGAGCUUUUUAAGUUUUCAAGGAAGCUAUUCAUUGAACUUCUUGCGAUAGUAAUUGAAUGUCCUUCAUUUCAGAGUUUGCUUAAAACCUCUGUGCCCAGAAGGUAGCCAUGCAAAUACCUACAGAUCCACAAAGGAACAAUAAAGCUAUUUGAGACACA